AUGAUGAUUACUGAAUUUACAGAUGAAGUUCUUAGUGGAAUCAAAUGUGAAUCAAAGAGUUCAAGGAAUAAAUCCUUUGUUGAAGCGCAAAUGCAGAGUGAUCCAUACAAGAUUUAUCAUCGUGGUACACAGUCGAAAAGGUAUAAAACUCAAGAGAUUCAAACAGACUGGCUUCAUCAAGAUGAAGAAUUAAACAAUACUGACAAUAAAAACGACUCUACAAAUCAGCGUGAGAAAGAAACAAAAUUAAUUAACUUCCUGAAACGCGUCGAACCAAUCAUAACAAAAGAAAUAGAAAACAAUAUAACCUCUAAGGCAUUUAAACGACUGGAGUCAAGAAAAAUAUUUAAUAGGGUUGAUGCGUUGGAAAAGUAUACGCUAAUACUGGAUAACGCUAAAGAGGACAAGUUAUCUGUUACAGGACUAUCAUGGAAUUCAACUGGAGCAUUGCUGGCAAUAUCUUAUGGAUCAAUAUGUCAUACUGACUGGUGUACACAUGUUGGUUAUGCAGCACUUUGGAAUGUGACAAGUAGUACACUGGAGUUGAAUAAUCCUAAGCACAAAUAUACAACGAAUAGUUGUUUAAUGUGUAUAAAAUGUCAUCCAACAAUUCCAUCUUUGUUAGCUGGUGGAACAUAUACAGGUAAUAUAGUGAUCUGGGAUCUUUCACGUGGAAAUGAUUAUAUGCUAACUAACACUGAAGGUACUACACCAAUCGGUCAUAAAGAUUGUAUUAAUCAAAUUGAAUGGAUAUCAAACUACCUACAAUCAGAUUUUCAAAGUUUAAGCUUAAACAAUAUGAAAAAUAUUCACAUCAAAAGUUAUCGACUACUUACAGCUGGUAGUGAUGGUAGAAUUAUAUGUUGGCAGAUUGAUCUGCAUCCUCCAGAAAAAGUAAAUUGUAUUAAAAUUUUUCAGAUAAGAAAUAAAGAUCAAACUUCUCUACCAGUGUACAGUUACUCGAAUUCACUGAAUCAUUCAACUCUUCGAUCAAAUUUAUCAGAUUUAAAUAAUGAAAGAUCUGUGAAUAUUACUUGUCUUUCUAUAUCCAAAAAUAAUCCAGAUAAAUUUAUUGUGGGCACUGAAGUUGGAGGUUUACUAAUAUGUGAAAUGGAUUCUGUUAACUGGAAUGGAACUGACAAAGAAUCUGUAAACGAGUAUAUACAAUCACCGGUAAAAUUUUCAUUAGCUCGUCAAGUUGGUCCAAUUUACUCAGUCGAUUGGAGUGCAUUUCAUCAUAAUCUUAUUCUUUCAUGUGGAUUAAAUCAAGGUGUACAAAUUUUUAAUGUAUUACAAAAAUCACCUUUAAUAAAUAUUAAUCCAUGUGAAGGUUUAAUAUCAGAGGCUAAAUUUUCCCCCCACCAUCGAAAUAUUUUCAUUUGUAUUACUGAAUUCAAUCAAAUACUCAUCUAUGAUUUAGCUGAUGAUGAUGAUAAUGAUGGUGGUGGAAUGCAGAUACAAAUGACUACCAUGGAAGAUGUCGAUAAGGAGUAUAAUUUCCAGCCUACACUAAUGCAUACACUCAACUCUCAGACAGACAAUACUAAUCAAGGCUCACUUAUAACUGUAGAAUUUAAUCAUAAAAGUUCCAGACUUUUAGCUACUGGAAGCACUGAUGGAAACACUUAUAUCUGGGAUCUGGGCACUUUAAUGAAUGAAUUAUCACCGAAAAUAACUUAA